AGCACAUUGAGUACACGUUUUUCUUAUCGUGAGACCACCACAGACUCAGACAUCAAACUGCUUCAUUCAUAAACAAAUCCCGAUUCAUUAAUGACACACUUACAUUAUGAAGAGAAGCUGGAAAUUAUGCAAACAAUUGUGAAUUUUGAACAUAAAUUCCAUCGAUAUCAUUCAUGCGUAAAAACGAUAUCUUAUUACAAAAUGCACGCUGCGUUCUGUCAUGCCUGUUUUCUGUGGACCCUCAUAUUUAUGCUCGUUUGAAUGUCAUCUGUUGCAUAGACGCUCAGGGUGAGUUCUUGUUGACCAAAAGCGCAAAAAAACGUUAUUUUUUUGUUGCUAAAAUGUAGAUUUUAUUGGAAUAUUUUGACGGAAAAUGCUCAGAUUUGAACGUAUUGAUUGAAGAAAUUCCGGUUUAGCUCCGCCGUAAAAACCUUUGCUGACAUCGGAUCAUGAUAAUAAUAAAUUGAAAAAAAGUCUGUCAUGCAGCCAUCUCCCACCCGCACACGCUGCUGCAAAGAAUACUAAUCAUCAACCUGUUUUCUGCCAAGUGCAGCAGCGCGAUGCGCAACUUUGCCUUCAGUCAUGGCGCGCGUGAGUUUCUUCUCUUUUCACCGCGGCUUUGCUGCGCUCUCACAGGAAAGCACCUUUGCCAAACAGCUGCAGUUUCUGCUCCCCGUGAACCCUCAGAUUUAUUAGGGUUGCCUUCGUGAGCAGCAGGCAUCCCGCUGUACACUCUGUUGCCUCUAUCAAGGGAAGCCCUCACGCGUUGCGCGCCUGACUCGUCGGGGCUACACUUUCGCGCACGGGUAGUGCAUUUGCGUGCGCGCGCGUGUGUGUGUGUGUUUGUGUGUGCGUGCGUGUGUGUGUGUGUAUGGCGGGUGACGAAGCCUGAGGCUCUGUCUUCAACAGUUGCCACCGAAGCGGCGGAGAGCACAGGAGCAGAGCAGGAGAGACCACAGACUGAAGACGCGGAGCCCCACGCCGCUCUGCCCGGCUCUGCUCCUGACAUGCAGUCGCUCAUAUCUCCGGUGACCAAGGCCAUCCUAGUAGCGCUCUUCAUUUUCGCCAUACUCCUCAUUCUGUAUGUGAUCCUGUGGUACAUAUGCAGAGACGUGGACUGUGACCACGGCAUUUGAGGAUUUCGUUGAAAGGAGCGUAAAGGGAAUACCUCAAUGAAGCGCAAAGAGACAAACUGAGUCAUCCUUGAUGCCCAGACAAAAUGGGAAGGUUGCCAUAGUGACAGGAGGAGGCAGAGGAAUCGGCUAUGAGGUUGUCCGUCAGUUGGCCAGACUGGGGGCUCAUGUUAUAAUCGGCGGCAGGGAUGAGCAGGAGGGUCUUGCAGCUGUCCGACGGAUCUGUGAAGAGGACAAGGAGGCCAAAGUGGAGUUCAGAAAGCUGGACCUAGCCUCUGUGCUGUCAAUUCAUCAAUUUGCUCAGAGCUUCAAGGAGAGGAAUCUGCCACUUAAUAUUUUAGUUAAUAAUGCGGGUGUCAUGCUGGUUCCUGAGGGGCGCACUGGCGAUGGACACGAGCUGCACUUUGGCGUGAACUACUUAGGCCACUUCCUUCUAACCUGGCUACUUCUGGAUUUGUUGAAGAGCUCUGGGGAGCACGGUGACGCCGCCCGUGUGGUUAACGUUUCAUCAUCAGCACACAGCAUUGGGGAGAUCAGACUAAAUGACAUCAAUAGCAGUUACCAUUAUUCUGCCCAUGCUGCUUAUUGUCAGAGUAAAUUGGCCCAGGUGUCAUUCAGUUCUCACCUGCACCAGGAGAUGCAGCGCGGUGGUUUCCGUGUGAACUCGUGUGCUGUGGAUCCAGGCAUGGUGAACACUGCUCUCUACUGCCACCUGUGGACGCCCCUCCGCAUGGCACAGCGGGUCAUUGCUCGCCUUUUUUUUAGGACUCCUGCAGAGGGUGCAGUGACUGUGCUGUCAGCAGCCUUAAGUCAGGACUGUAAAGGUGGCUACUGGAGCAAUGGGCACCGCGAGAUGACAUCACCAGCCUUUGACCCUGGACUUGAGCUGAAUCUGUGGGAAGUCAGCAUGCAGUUGCUGGGACUUCAAAGUGACCAGUAGGACUGAAGCUGACUAAAAUCACCUCAAAAGGACCCUUUAGACCAUCAGCCGGUUCUCUUCCCCCCCCCCCCCCCCCCCCCCCCCGUUUCUUAUUUUUACCAUUCAUUCAGUCAGCACACCUUUGGGCACGUGUCAGUGUAUACUACUGGACAAUGAUUGGUUGCUUGGGGGAUGGAAGAUCACUGUAUUUUGCUCCAGACAUCCCAAAGAAGGGCUACAGAAAGGCAUUUCUUUUGGUUUCUUUUUUGCUUUUUUCUUGAGGGCCACGAACGCCUGAAAUAUGCACUCAUAUAACCAAGUUCUAGUGGUUUUAGACCUACAUGUUCUGUCAAAAUUGCUGAGCCUCUCAGUUAAAAGUCCGUUUAAGUUUAAAUUCAGUCUUCACCUGAUAUUUUCCCUCUUAUUAUAGCAAUUAUAAAAACUUCGAAUGCGUGAAUUUGGUAAAAACCAAGAACCGCGUGAUUUUGCCUUAGUGUCACAACCCUAGAAUAACUUAUUCUAAUGAGCUAAAUCUUGUUUUUAAAAUCCUCAGUAAACAUUGAAAUGACUUUUAGCAGCAGUUUAACUGUAAAAAUCGGUAUUUCUGUAUUUAUUUAUAUGUCAGUAUGCAAACUAUUGCAUAAGUAUAAUCCUUGCGUUUGCAUUGAGACAUGGAUUUGACCUAAACAGCUUUGCUGUUGUAAGGAAUGUGCUGAAAAGAGUUUGUUCUAACACAUCAAUCCUGUGAUUCUUAAAUCACCUCGCCAUCCUGCCUCUUUUACUGAGAGCACUUUAUUUAUUGAGUCUCACAUUUUCUCACGUGGUUCCUGUUGGAUCAUUGUUUUACAGACAGCAGUUACUCCACGAAGAGCUAAAAAGGCCUGAGUUUAAUAGCACUUAUCAUAGCUCAAAACCAUAUAUCCUGUUUUCUCUUUCUGCCGCUCAGCUAAAGACAUUGCCUUGAAACAGAAAAAGACUUGAUUUGAAGGCCUAAUCUUUGAAUAAUUUUGCCUCUGUUUGGGAGAAAUGCUGUCUUUUAUUUGCAGAUCAAAAUGAAUUCUUCAAAUUUGAGUUUUGUUUAUGCUGACGGACAUCAGAGCCAUCGUGGGAGAGACAAAAAGAGGCAAAGCCUUUUGGGUUUUUUUCUUGCGUGCAAACUGAUUGGAUUCUCUGUCCUGCUGCUGGCGCUGCUCCCAGUGCAUUGUGGGAUUGAGAUUUCCCAGUUGUGUUCAACUAACUGUGUGUGUGCAGCUGACAAACAGAUUUACUCAGAGUGGGUACAUUCAGUAAAGUCUGCAAACAAAAACACAGGAAAGGAACUCGUCUCCCUCCAUGACGGGGAUUUCCGCGCACACACUUAUGGGAAAAGGAUCGCGCCGCAACGCCAUCUCCACUGUGAUGAAUGCAUUUCUGCUGUGAAGUGGGAAAACUCCGUCUUAAGUUUGAGGUUUUUAAACAACAAAUGAUUGCAGUUUCUGCAUUGGAAACUGCCACUGAGCAUCCAGUCUCCUUAUUAAUUUGCUGUUAUUGAAGCAAUACUAUCACUGUGGUAGCUGAUUUAGUAGGCAGAGCGGCGUUCAGAACAGAAGCAGCCUGAAAGUGUGCAAAGAUGCCAGGCCCAAGCUACCUGCAUGUCAAGAGUUUGACAUUUCUCUGUCCGUGUAAUGAAAAUAUUUUUAGUGUGCUUUGUUUUGUUGGAAGACGCUCGCUGGGUUCUUUGCCAGAGGCCCGUUGGAAUCGGGAGCGCAGCUUGCAGAAACUCCUUCAAAAGACCUUGAGGUUAGAUUGAUUCUGCUCCUCCUCUUCAAAUGAGGUGACAGCCUGAACUCAGAGGCUAAACACGGCUGCAGAUUCUACCCGACUCUUAAUUUAAAAGCCUGUAGGUAUGACAUUUCCCCCCCUGCAUUUGUUGGUUAACGUUAGAAUGAUGUUGGACUGUGAAAAUCAAAGCAGGAAGUGUUUUGGCCCCAAGUCCCUAAAAUAUGAGCUAAUGUUAGAGUUGUUCUUUAUCUUACAUUAUAUUUCUUCUGGCAACAAAAAAAGAAAUGUAUAAAAAGACAAAGACAGCUUUUAUGCCAUCUACUAUCUCAUGAUUAGUUCCUAAAAAGAUAAACUACAGAAAAAAACUUGAACUGAGCUGCAGUUAGUAUAGAAAGUAUAAGCGGGGAUUGAGAACCUCACCUUCCAUUCCCAAAUGUGACUCAUACCAGCAAGAACCAAAUGUUACUGUUCCCUUAAAAGACCACUAGAGGCAGGUUUCAAACGUUUUUAUCAAAUUUUUGUUUUGUUGUUUAUGCGUUGUCACGGUGCGCAGAGUGGAUUAAGGUCUGCGUGCUUCCGUGUUGGAGUGUGUGGUUCUCGAGCUGCUGGUAGAACAACGAAAGUCUGCUCAGACAAACGUGCUUGCUCAUGUUGAAACAAGUGAAAACACCAGCUUACUGCUGAGCCACACUCAUGGAUCAGCGUUCCGACUGAACGAAGGAGGUUUUUUGAGAUUUGGAGAAGGUCGUCUCCUCCUGAACACAUGUUCCCAAAGAGAGCAUGUUCUUGUUGCAGGGGUGUCUACCUGAAGCGAUCCACAUGUAUUAAACGACACACUCAACUUUUAGAUUGCAAGUCUAAAGAAAUGAGCUAAAGUAGCUCCACUAACUGUCUCUGAUGAUGUCUGUGUGGUUUACUGUACAGCAGAAGGACACCAGUGGACAUUUGUUCAGGCUGAAACUGCUCCUAUAGCCAUUCUUUUGAAUGACCUGGGAUUACAUUUAUAUUAAAUGUUCCAGUCCCAUGUCCUGCAAAAUCCCAAAUGUGCAUAAAUGUGAAAAUAUGUAGAGCUAAUAUAUGUUUAUAGGGGUAACCAGAUAAACAAAGUCUUUACUGGGAUGCAUUUAGAGGGGAAAAUGUUUUAUUUUUGUUGUUGUCCUGGAACAUGCAUAACUUUUUAUUGGAAUUUUAUUGGGUUCACGUGUUGGUUUGGCCUGAUUUCACACUCAGGGGCUGCAGAUGAAGUGAUGGGAUUGAUGUACGUUCCGGUUGGGAGUUGUUGGAAAACCCAGAUACUUCGCCAAUAUCCUGGAUAUUUCUUGUAAUGCAUGCGCUCCAUGUACUUAUCGCUUUACUUCACAUGGAUGGGAACUCAACAACUACCUUUAGAUCUAAGCAUUCCGUUUAUCAGGACCUCUGAGGAGUCAUCAAAAGUGUACAAUAUUUUACUUCUUCAUCUCUUGUUGUCAAAACACACAUCUAACUGCUUUAGUUGUGCCUCAAAAGAAAUCUCCCUCAUGAAAACGUGACUGUGAAAUUUUUUUCAUGUAGAACUCGUAGAAGCUGUGAUUCCCGUCUUGUCCCGUGCAUUGCCAUAUGUUUUUCCUCUGGUAAGACUGAUGGAAUAAAAAAAAAAGAGAGAAGCGAGUGUUUGAUCGCCACCGUCGAUGUUUUAGCUAAUGGAAUUGAUGUCCAUGAUUUCUGUCAAUGGUUGUAACAUUCCAGCCGCAGCGACGACCUUUUUCUAUUAUCCAAAGCCUCUCAAUAAACAUAUCAUUGUGCCA